AUGUCAGGUGUUCCAGUGGAGGAUUCACCAACUCGCUUUUAUCCAGUUAACUUUGAGGAUUACCUGAGGCCCAAACAACCAAACAAAUGCCAGCCUCUGCAGCGUUUUGAGCAGCCAAAUGGAAGAGCCACCAAUCUAUACAGAAACCUAAAACGACUAAAGGUACUCAGGUGGUAUAAUAGUGCGUCGAAACGAUUUGAACAGCUUCCACUGCCCAAAUUCCUUGGAUUCCUGCGAGCACGCAAUGAUGAUGGGCUUUGUAAGCGGAAGACAGGAUUCGAGAUCUACUGCGAGAUGGCCAGCAUACAUGGCUUUCACAUUUUUGUGGGCGCAAAAACUUGGCAGAGGAUCCUCUGGUGGCUCCUCAUAUGUAAUGCGGUGCUGCUCUCCUUUAUCCUAGUGAUCAUGUCGCUUUCCAUGUCGAAGGAAACUCCUACAAUUCGCUUCAUAGACAGCAUGAUGAAACCCACGGCUGAAGUGCCUUUUCCUGCAGUCACCAUUUGCGGAUUAAACACCAUUUCUAUGAAGGGGUUACAGAAUUGGGAAUUAGUAGAAAAAGUAACCAAAGGAAAUGCCAGUUGGUUAGAACUCCUGGAGGAUUUGGCAUUACCCAUCUGUCCACAAAUAAGAAUCUGUGAGUGGGACAAUCGAAUGGUCAACUGCCUGGAUAAACUGCAGCCCAUUUGGACUCUGGACCAACGACUGUGCUGCACUUUUAAUUACAAUCAGCAGCUCUUCAGCUCCCAUUUGGGAGUUAGUUUUGUUCUAAGACCCAAUGAUUCAGCAGAACAAAUUUCGAAAUCAGCUGGCUUUGAUGUGCUUAUACACGAAACCCACGAAAUGCCCAAUGGAGCCACACCAAGGAUAUUAUUGCCAUGCGGAUCUGAGGCUCACAUAAUGCUGAGACCAUAUGUCAAUCGAUUCACCACUAAUAUGGAGGGUUUAUCUCCGCAGAAAAGAGAUUGCUAUUUUCCAACAGAGCGUUGUCUAGUGUCCUCUGAUCCUCGUAACCAAGUAAACUGUCUGGCUGAAUGUCGCAGCGAAAAUAUCUUUAAAGCCUGUGGUUGUGCGCCUCCAAAAUCACCACUUGAAAAUGGCUGGCCAAUUUGCGACCUAAAGCAAAUGCAGUGUGUAAUAGAUUUUGAUCAUGAUGAGAUCAUCGGGGGAGAACAAAAGAAUUGCGAUUGCCUUCCGCCAUGUGAAUUCAAUCGCUAUGAAUUCCAGAGUGAUAUACGAUUUAUAAAGGGAAUGAUUAAUACUAGUAUUGUUAGCACAAGCAAUCAAGAGGUCCGUCUCCGUGUCUACUACGACUCGGCCAUUGCGGAGGAGCUGCUCCUGGACGUGUACGAAAACUGGCUGACAUUCAUAGGAACCUUUGGCGGCAUAACCGGCCUAUUUAUGGGCUGCAGUUUCGUUUCGGUCUUCGAGCUGAUUUUCUUUUCGUGUGUGCGACCCACAUGCAACUGGCUGACCAGGCAACAGAUACUGUGGCGACGUCGAAGGAUUCAGAGGGUGGGAAACACGGAGGCGAGGUCAUUAGGGCCGGCUAAUUAG